UCCACACUGGCAUCCAGCAUUUCGUCGUUUAACUUUUCGAUCUUCUGCAGAACGGUGCAUACAGAAUCAUGCAGUAUAACGAUUCGCAACAAAAGUGCCUGAUGGAGGCUUUUCGCACCGAUUGUCAGACACUGAUAACACGCUUUGAGCUGUCUUACAAUACUCACUUCCAGAACUUCUGUGAGAUCUGGAAAGAAAUGCAGUUUGGCUUGGUUUUUGCUUAUCAUCCUUCCGAAGCCGCUCUAACAGUAUUCUGUGAAGAAGCUCUUUGCGUAACAAAGCAGUUUCUGGUGAAUGCAUCUAGUUUAAAAGAACGUAUUGGGGCUCUGUAUCUUACAUAUGGAGUAUAUUACAAAAUGCCAGUAAAACAACUGAAGAUCAGAAUGACCCUGUCAGAUUGGAAGUGC